CAUUCUAAACUUUUUCUUUUUCCCAAAAAAAUUUCAUUUCGCUUUUUCUAGGGUUUUGUUUCCUCUCUCUCUCGUUGAAGUCGAAAAAAAUCUGAAGCAGUAGUAGACGACGAAGAAGAAAAAGAAUUAUAGUGUGGAAGUACUGUAGGUAGUAGCAGUAGUGAUUGGAAGUGAGGAUGGCAUCCACUUCUGGUACUAAAGAAACGGAUGAUCAAGAACCUUCUUCUUCUUCUUCUGUGAAGGAUUUGAUGGAACAUGUGUUUUCUUGGAGUAUUGAAGAUAUACUCAACGAUGAUCUCUACAAAAAUAAGGUGGAAACUAUACCUAAGCGUUUUGAGUCUGCACAACAUUAUCUAGGCUCUUAUACUAUGCCGUUACUGGAAGAAACUCGCAUGGAGAUAUGUUCACAAAUGGAGUUUAUGUCAGGUAUACCUCACGCUGAAAUAACCUCAGUAGAGGAGACGAAGCUUCAUGGAGGGUCAUUCUUGUAUCGCAUGAAGGUCCACUCCUGGAGAAACCGAUAUGGUGUAUAUGGCAAAGAACCUUACAGUCCGAAACCUUUGGAUCUGUUUAUUUUGGGCAAUGCUGUACCUGAAGUUGCUUCGGACUUGCAGCGGUUUGGAAGCAGCUGGUCUUUGGCUUCAGUUGUAGAAGAUGUGAAAGAGUCUGAUUCUGUAGGGCAGGAAGACCGACUUACAUGCUUUCAGGUUAAAACUUCAAAGCCCAUAAAGAUAGAGAUGAAAGAGGGCAGGAGGAAAUCACUUUUUCUGGUGUUUCUGGUAAACUUGGCGACGAACACUAGAACAUGGAAGGCGUUACAUAUGUUUCGAAACUUGAAUAUCAUCAAUGAAGUUCUCUGUGCCAAUUCCACGGUAAAGGAAAACUGUGGUCUCUGCUCUGCACAAGUUGACAGGAGUUGUGUACGAAAAGUUGAUUCACAAAUUUUACUGGCUCUUAAUGAAUCUCAAAGAACAACGGUAUUGGGUACUAUAUCUGCAGUGCAGUGUAACCACAGGUCUUCUGUGAAGCUUGUUUGGGGUCCACCUGGGACAGGGAAAACCAAAAGCAUCAGUAUAUUACUGUAUAGCUUGCUAAGUAUGAAUUAUAGAAUACUUGCUUGUGCCCCAAAAGAUACUGCAGUUGCUGAACUGGCAUUACGUAUAUUGAACCUUCACAAAGAUGCUUGGGAAUCAGAGUUGGGAAAGAACAAGUCAUGUUGUUCAUUAGGGGACUUUCUCUUGUUUGGGACUAUGAAUAGAUUGGAGUUAUGUGAUGAUCUCGGAAAGAUUUAUGUGGAUCAUCGUGUGGACAGUCUUGUCGAAUGUUUUUCUCCAUUAACUGGUUGGAAAAAACAUUUCGACUGCAUGGUGGAUUUUCUUGAAGAUUGUAUAUCUCAGUUCCGCUUGCUUUUGGAGAGUGAAAUAAUUACAGAGGUUCAUGGUACGGAGAAAAUUGGAACUAUCCCUGAGGUCCACACGUCACUUCGCAAGUUUGCAAGAGACCGAUUCAGAGCUUUAGCAGUACCACUCAAAAGAAGCAUCAGAAUAUUAUGCACCAAUCUCCCAAAAAGAUUUAUUUUGACGGACAAUUUCGAAACGAUGGUUACUCUUUGUUGUUCGCUUGAAUCUUUUGAAACUUUGCUCUCUCAAAGUCAGGUGGCUGACAAGGAAUUAGAGGAAGUCUUUGCACGGGAAGAAAAUUAUUUCAAGGAGGCACAAGGAAGUCGAGCAUCUAAUUAUACUUCAGCCACAUUACACAAGAUGAGGAUUGAAAGUGUGCAGAUUCUAAGAUCUAUCAGUCAUUCUCUUGGCGAUCGCCUUCCAAGCUCCACAAACAGAAGUUUCUUAACAGAGUUCUGUUUGAAAAAUUCAUCCCUCAUUUUUUCCACAGUGUCAAGCUCAUAUAAUCUGCAUGAGGUAGACCUGGAACCACUGGAUUUAUUGGUAAUUGAUGAAGCUGCUCAGUUGAAAGAGUGUGAAUCAGUGAUUCCCUUGCAGCUUGGAGAUAUACGACACGCUGUCCUAAUUGGCGAUGAGUGCCAUCCGCAAGCUAGGGUCAAAAGCAUGGUGUCUGAUGAAGCUGGAUUUGGAAGAAGUCUAUUUGCAAGGUUGGGUUUGUUUGGGCAUUUGGAGGACCUUCUCAACAUGCAGUACAGAAUGCAUCCUGAAAUAAGUUCUUUCCCAAAUCGCAAAUUCUAUAAAGACCAGAUUAUAGAUGCUCCAAGUGUUAUUCGUGAAAAUUUUCAGAAAAAUUAUCUACCAGGACCCAUGUUUGGUCCCUACUCAUUCAUAAAUAUUUCCAGUGGAAGGGAGGAGCUAGAUGAAGCUGGGCAUAGUAUGAAAAAUAUGGUUGAAGUGGCAGUCGUAAUGGCAAUAGUGCAAAACCUUUAUAAAGCAUGGGAAGGCUCAAAGCAUAGCUUAACCAUUGGUAUUAUAUCUCCUUAUGCUGCCCAAAUUGCUGCAAUAGAGAAUAAAGUUGGUCAGAAGUUUGAGAAGCUAAAGCACUUUGUAGUGAAGGUGAGCUCUGCAGAUGGAUUCUAUGGCGGCGAGGAAGAUGUCAUAAUAAUAUCAACUGUCGGAUCUAAUCAUAGUGGCGGAUCAGAUGGGUUCCUUUCCAAUCCGCUACGUACCAAUGUCGCUCUCACACGAGCUAAGCACUGCCUUUGGAUUUUGGGGAAUGACAAAAAGUUGUGUAAAGUUGGAUCUUUCUGGGAAGAUUUAAUUCAUGAUGCGAAGCAGCGGCAAUGUUUUUUUAAUGCUGAUGAAGAUGAAGAGCUAGUGACAGCAAUGAUCAAGGCCAACAAAGAGCUUGAUCAGUUAGAUAACUUACUCAAUGAAGAUAGUAUGCUUUUCAAAAACGCAUUGUGGAAGGUCCUGUUCAGCAAUAACUUCAGGAAGUCGUUUGGGAAGUUGAAGUCAUCACAAUCACAAAAGUCGGUGAUUAAUCUAUUGGUUAAACUUUCCAGUGGUUGGCGUCCGAAGAAGUUUAAGGCUGAAACUUUGUGUGGGAACUCUAUCCAGCUUGUGAAACAGUAUAAGGUUGGAAAUGUUUAUAUUAUUACUAGCAUUGAUAUUGCAAAAUACUCAUGCUACACCCAAGUUUUAAAGAUAUGGGAUAUUUUAUCUCUCGAGGAGAUACCUAAACUAGUGAAGAGUCUGGACAACAUAUUCUCCAUAUACACUGACGAUUACCUCAACCGCUGUAAGCAGGAGCAUAUUAAGGGGGAUUUGGUUGUGCCAGUUACCUGGAGAAUAGAUGAUGAGACAGUUAGAUAUAAGAAUACUCAAAAUGCUGCGUUAAUAGGUAGUUCAAAUGAUGGGGUAUCAGAUAGGAGAUAUUACAUUGAAAACUCAAAAGUGAGAGAUAGUCUAUUGCUCAUGAAGUUCUACUCCUUAUCAGCUGGUUUAGUGAAUCAUUUGCUCUCGGGAAGUGAUGGAAAAGAGCUUGAUCUUCCUUUUGAAGUAACAGAUAAAGAAUUAGAUAUCAUUCUUUUCCCUAGAAGUUCGUUCAUUCUUGGCAGGUCUGGAACAGGGAAAACCACUGUUUUGACAAUGAAAUUGUUUCAAAAGGAGCAGCAACACCACUUUUCAUCUAAAGGAUUUGUGGAAGCCAUGGGAGAUAUUUCUUUGAGUGCUUCAACUGGGAAUGUUAGCAGAGUGGUUGGGGAUGAGACAAAAGGUCCUGUCUUACGGCAAUUGUUCGUAACGGUCAGCCCAAAGCUAUGCUUUGCCGUUAAAAACCAAAUUGCUAACUUGAAAAGCUUUAUCAGCAGUGGCAGGGCCCCAACAGAACCCAAUUCCAUUGUGUUGCCCGAUGUUGAUGAUGCAGUGCAAUAUCGAGAUAUACCAGAUUCUUUUAGGGAUAUUCUACCUGAAAGUUUUCCACUUGUCAUAACUUUUCAGAAAUUCUUGAUGAUGCUUGAUGGAAGUAUGGGAAAUUCGUAUUUUGAUAGAUUCAGUGAUAUAAGGGAACUUUCGCAAUCUAAAAUUGUAACCUCAAGGUCAUUUGCUUUGCGAGCUCUAAGAAGAACGAAAGAAGUCAAUCAUGAAAGAUUCAGCUCAUCUUACUGGCCUCAUUUUAAUUGCCAGAUGACCAAGAAGCUUGAUUCAUCUAUGGUUUUUAUGGAGAUAAUUUCACACAUAAAAGGUGGGCUAUUUGCUGGAAGGUUACCUGAUGAUAAACUUAGUCGGGAAGAUUACAUAUUACUGUCUGAGGGACGGGUUUCAUCCGUAAGCAGGGAAAGAAGAGAGAUGAUUUAUGAAGUUUUUCUUGAAUACGAGAAGAAGAAAAUACUAAAUGCUGAGUUUGAUUUGGCUGAUUUUGUCAUUGACCUUCACCGUCGAUUGAAAACCGGGUGUUACAAGGGUGAGGAAAUGGAUUUCGUGUAUAUUGAUGAAGUACAGGAUCUCACCAUGAGACAGAUUGGUCUUUUUAAAUAUAUUUGUAGAAAUUUUGUGGAAGGAUUUGUUUUUUCUGGUGAUACUGCACAAACUAUUGCUGGUGGGGUUGAUUUCAGAUUCCAGGAGGCAAGAUCUUUGUUCUACAACGAGUUUAUUUUGGAUUCAAGAAGUGAUGUCAUGGGAAACGCGAAAGACAUUGAUCAAUCUCGCAUCUCAGACAUCUAUCAUUUGAACCAGAACUUCCGUACUCAUGCAGGUGUUCUCAACUUGUCACAGAGUGUAAUUGAACUUCUGCAUAUAUUCUUUCCACACCACAUUGACAAUUUAAGUCCCGAAACAAGUCUUAUUUAUGGAGAAGCACCAAUUUGGCUUGAAUCUGCAAACGAUGAUAAUGCUAUAAUAACUAUUUUUGCCCAAAGUAGCGAAACUGCUGGUAGGAUUGUGAGUGGAUUUGGUGCAGAACAAGUCAUUUUGGUGCGUGAUGAUUGUGCGAGGAAGGAAAUUGCUGAACAUAUUGGAAAACAAGCUCUUGUUCUGACUAUAACAGAAUGCAAGGGCUUAGAAUUUCAGGAUGUUUUGCUUUACAACUUUUUUGGAACCUCGCCUUUAAAGAGUCAAUGGAGAGUUGUUUAUGGGUAUAUGAAGGAACAAAAUCUUCUCGACUCCAGUGAUGCGAAAUUUCCAAAGUUUAGCAAGGCGAAACACCAAAUUCUCUGCUCUGAACUGAAGCAAUUGUAUGUUGCUAUCGCUCGUACUAGGCAGAGACUGUGGAUCUGUGAGAAUAAAGAUGAUUUUUCGAAGCCUAUGUUUGACUACUGGAAGAAAUUAGUUCUCGUUCAAGUGAGAGAACUUGAUGAGUCACUUGUACAGGCAAUGCAGGUUACAAGCAGCAAAGAGGAAUGGAGUUCACGCGGUAUCAAGUUACUGGAUGAAGGUAAUUUUGAGAUGGCAACAAUGUGCUUUGAAAGAGCUGGUGAUCCAUUCUUGGAGAAACUCGCUAAAGCUACGGGUCUUAGAGCUGCUGGUGCUCACAUGCUUGGUUCUAAUACUGAACUAGCUCGCGUCGCCCUUGUAGAAGCAGCUGAGAUUUAUGAAUCAAUUGGCAAGGCUGAUUUUGCUGCCAAAUGUUUCAUGGAGUUAAAAGAUUUCAAAAGAGCAGAUGAUUUUAAAUUGAGAAAUAGAUGCUGCAUUCCUUGUUCCAUCAAACCGGUUUGUUCAACCUCAGGAGGACUGAUCUGUCACACUUCAACUCAUUAGCAGU